CUGUUACCUUGUGAUGCUUCAGGUAUAAAUAUGUUGGGUGUCUGAGUUUGACACAUUUAGAGCUUCAUUCCGAACCCUGAGCAUCGGCUUGAAGACAUAAUACAAUAUGCGUGAGUGCAUUUCCGUCCAUGUUGGCCAAGCUGGAGCACAGAUUGGUAAUGCAUGCUGGGAGCUUUACUGUCUGGAGCAUGGUAUCCAGCCAGAUGGGCAGAUGCCCAGUGAUAAGACAAUAGGAGGAGGAGAUGAUUCCUUCAACACCUUCUUCAGUGAGACAGCGUCAGGGAAACAUGUUCCACGUGCCAUCUUUGUAGAUCUGGAACCCACUGUGAUUGACGAGGUACGGACAGGCACCUACCGCCAGCUUUUUCACCCAGAACAGCUCAUCACUGGAAAAGAGGAUGCUGCCAAUAACUAUGCCAGAGGACACUAUACUAUUGGCAAGGAGAUCAUUGAUUCAGUCCUCGAUCGAAUCCGCAAACUGACUGAUCAGUGCACUGGUCUCCAAGGUUUCCUGGUAUUCCACAGCUUUGGUGGAGGUACUGGCUCUGGCUUCACCUCCCUGCUGAUGGAGCGUCUCUCUGUUGACUAUGGCAAGAAAUCCAAGCUUGAGUUUGCCAUCUAUCCCGCUCCUCAAGUGUCCACAGCAGUCGUGGAGCCCUACAACUCCAUUCUAACCACCCACACCACCCUGGAACACUCUGAUUGUGCCUUCAUGGUGGACAAUGAAGCCAUCUAUGACAUCUGCCGCAAAAACCUGGACAUCGAGCGUCCAACUUACACCAACCUCAACAGGCUCAUUGGCCAAAUUGUGUCCUCCAUCACGGCCUCGCUGAGAUUUGAUGGAGCUCUGAAUGUGGAUCUCACUGAGUUCCAAACCAACCUUGUGCCCUACCCACGUAUUCAUUUCCCUCUGGCUACAUAUGCUCCAGUGAUCUCUGCUGAAAAGGUUUACCAUGAGCAGCUAUCUGUGGCUGACAUAACCAAUGCCUGCUUUGAGCCUUCUAAUCAGAUGGUGAAAUGUGAUCCCCGUCAUGGUAAAUACAUGGCCUGCUGUCUUCUGUAUCGUGGAGAUGUGGUGCCCAAAGAUGUCAAUUCUGCCAUUGCUGCCAUUAAGACCAAACGGUCCAUCCAGUUUGUCGAUUGGUGUCCAACUGGAUUCAAAGUAGGCAUCAACUACCAGCCCCCAACUGUGGUUCCUGGUGGAGACCUGGCUAAAGUACAGAGAGCAGUCUGCAUGCUGAGUAACACCACAGCCAUUGCUGAGGCCUGGGCUCGUCUAGACCACAAGUUUGACCUGAUGUACGCCAAGAGAGCCUUUGUGCACUGGUAUGUGGGUGAGGGAAUGGAGGAAGGAGAGUUCUCAGAGGCCAGAGAAGAUUUGGCAGCUCUCGAAAAGGAUUAUGAAGAAGUGGGCACUGACAGCAUUGGAGAAGAAGAAGAGGAUGGAGUGGAAUUUUAAAUGCUUUUUAAACUUUUGAAAUCUCAGGGUAAUCUGCUAAGAUUUGUAUCUGCUACAAAUUUAUCUUAGAUUUUUUUAGUACUACAAAGUUACUACAAACUAUUUUUCUACUUUUUGUGUCUUAUGCAAAAGCUCAACUUAAUAUAUAGUCAAAUUAACUGGAGAGAAUAGAAUAAAACUGAUCAUAGAUUACACAAAGUAGCUAAAAGCCUGUGGUGACAAGCUCUUUCCGAACAAAUAUUUGUGUUAAAAAUCUGCACCCUAUUCAUGAUAUAUAGUUGUUAUAUUUUUAAAAAUGCAAAAGUGAUUAAGACUUUUAGGCAAGACAGCAUUUUCCACCAUGACACUCUUCCCCCCCACCAGUGUCCAUGCAGCACAAAAAUGACCACCUGCUGUAGCUUUUAUGCUUGAUUCAGCUGUUUGUACAUGUCUAUAGACAUUACUAUGAGAGGCUGGAUAUGGUCUGUGUCAUUCACUAUCACUGUAGCACAGAAAUUAAAGUCCUAUGACA